AGAGAGAGAGAGAGAGAGAGAGAGAGAAAGAUAAAGUAAAUAACGCCUUUGAAUUUAAUGGACCGGUGAAAAGAGCCUGGAUUACAUCUCGGAGCAUUUGGUGGCAUCUUUAAGUCGUUGGACGCUCCGCGCAUCCUGUUGAAUAUUACAUUUGGGGUUUAGCCAAAGUGUUCCAGAUGUUAAUCCACACCUAUUCGGCCAUGGACCGCGCAGACGGACUAAGCGGCUCCUCGCCGAGUGGGCGCCUCUCCCAGCUUUCCUCCCUGAACCAGGCCGCCUACUCCUCGGCUCCCCCGCUCUGCCACACUCCGGCCUCUGACUUCCAGCCUCCGUACUUCCCUCCACCUUACCCCCAGUCCUCCCUGCCCUACUCCCAGAGCCAGGACUCAUAUUCCCACCUGUCAGACCCUUACACUUCCAUCAACUCCAUCCAUCAGCAUCAGCAAGUGGCAUGGCACUCGCAGAGGUCGCGCUCCGACGACGGGGGACUCCUUUCACAGUCGCACCGAGCUCUGAGCCUCGACCCCCGGCGGGAGUAUGCAGCUGUCCCCCGGCUGCUGCACGGUCUCGGAGAAGGCGCUGCCGCUCUCGGGGACGGUCCUCUCGGGAUGCACAUGGGACACCACGGCCUGGACGAUCUUCAGGGAAUGGAGGAAGGAUCAGCCCUGGGCAUCCUCGACCACUCUGUCAUUAAAAAAGUCCCCAUCCCGUCCAAGCUGAACGGCUCGUCCCUGUCCAUCUUGUGCCUCGGUAAGGACGGCCUGGGGAUGGGAGCCGUGUCCAACCCGGCCGAGGUGUUCUGUUCGGUCCCGGGUCGCCUCUCGCUGCUCAGCUCCACCUCCAAGUACAAGGUGACGGUCGGGGAGGUGCAGCGGCGCCUCUCCCCGCCUGAGUGCCUCAACGCCUCCCUGCUGGGCGGAGUCCUCCGCAGGGCGAAGUCAAAGAAUGGUGGCCGCUGUCUGAGAGAGCGUCUGGAGAAGAUUGGCCUCAACCUGCCCGCCGGGCGACGCAAGGCAGCCAACGUCACUCUCCUAACAUCUCUAGUGGAGGGUGAGGCCGUCCAUCUGGCGCGGGACUUUGGUUACGUGUGUGAGACGGAGUUUCCUGCCAGAGCCACAGCCGAGUAUCUGUGCAGGCAGAGCGAACCGGACCAGCUCCCAACACGGCGCAGCAUGCUGCUGGCCACCAAGGAGAUCUGCAAGGAGUUUGUGGACAUGAUGUCCCAGGACCGCUCUCCGCUGGGCGGUAGUCGACCCACCCCGUGCCUGGAGCCCGGUGUCCAGGGGAGCCUCACCCACUUCAGCAUGCUCACCCAUGGUUUUGGCACGCCCGCCAUCUGCGCCGCGCUCUCCGCCUUCCAGAGCUACCUGAUGGAGGCGAUCAAAAUGCUGGACAAGGGAGAGGGCGGGGGGAAGAGCCACCACGACAAGGAGAUGAAGCACCGCAAAUAG